UCUGCAACUCUCUCUCUCUCUCUCUCUCUCUCUCUCUCUCUCUCUCUCUUUAACUCUUCCGGAAUCUGAUUUCUCGGAAGUAAAGAGAGAAGAGAUUAAAGGAAAUCGAAUUACGGUUUCGGAUUUGGUCGGAGUUUUGAAUUUUUCCGUCGGAAUUAUCUGAUAAUCUUUGUUUUCCGGUCCCCUUUUCGAGCCGUUUAAGAGAGUGCAAGACAUAUUGCCCAUUUGCUGGAUUUUGUUGGGUUUAGAUAACAGUACUUGUUCUUGCCACUUGUCAUUCUGAAGAUUCUGGGUUUAUUUGGUCACCGAUUUUGGUGGAUUGUUUAUGGCUGUGGCCUUUACUAAUCUCUCGUGGUGGCUAUCGAGUGGAAAACAUCAAGAACCCAGACUAUCUAAUGGAUCUUCUUUGAGUCCUUCUCCUGAUUUGGGUUCAUGGGAAUCGGAUAAUCUGAAGUUCUCAUCAGUUGAGGGGGCUAAUUUUUCUUCCUCAUCGAGAAGGGUCAAGCGCAAGUGGCAUAGAAGGGAAGAGAGGAAAAUUGAUAGAGAGUUUGAUGUAGUUCUUGUGCCAUCUGAUGGUGGAUGUAUUUCAGGGUCUGAAUCUGAUGAUUCAGAUUAUUCCAUUGGAUGGUUGGAGCCUCAUGGACCUGGAUUCCAAAGUGAUGAUGACACAGACAACAGUUUUGCUGUGCUGGUUCCAUGUUAUGAGCACAGACAAGGCAGCAUGGGAGAGAAUCAGCAGAAAAUUUUGGGUGCCAUUGUGAACAUCUCAGAUGGUUAUUCUGCUGAGUUCAAGAAAUACAUGGAACAGUGGCUAUCUUCUCUCAAGAACAGCUGACACCCUGGGCCUACUGAUGGUUGUUUACAAGUCUGUAUAAUGAUCUGCUUCAUUUGCCAGAAGAACCUAUUCUGUUGUUUUAAUUAGUCAAAUAUUGUAUAUAAGUAUGGCAGACGGAUGAAUGUAACAUAGGGAAGGGAUAUAAGCAGAGAUCUAGUGUAGGGUCUAAGCUAAUAUGAUCUAUGAGCAUCAAGAACAGCAGUAAAAGGUCAACUUAUGUGGAGGCGUAAUUGGAAUUGACAAUGGUCUCUCACUGCUUUUAUUGAGAAAUGAAGAGAAAAUAAGGGAACGCUGUAUCCCCUUUUCAUGCUUCCCAGAUGGAUCAGAUUGCUGUGUAAUAUAAGAUUGCAGGGGCUGGUAUGGUUAGGGGAUUAAUUGGAAGAUGAAUGCGCGUGUCUCCAAUUCUUUAAUGUAAAUAUGCUGGCUGUACAUAUGGAAGCAGAUUUCUGCAUAUCAUAUCAUUAUUGUAAAUAUGUGAAUAAAUUGCAGGUAUUUGU